AUGAGAGAGUCUAAAGUGUUCGAAAUUAGGUUUCAGUUCUUUUUGGCAAUAGCAUUUUGCUUGUUUGUGAUUGGGGCUGCUAAUAAUCCAGCAGAUGAUGAUGGACGGAAACCAUGGCAAAAUGAUAAUGUCUCACCACCACCUCCUCCUACUCAUAGGCCACCUAUUAUAGACAAAUCCCCACCACCUCCACAACCUCAUUCACCACCAUCUCCGCCACAUCUACCUCCUACUUUUCAUUCACCACCACCUCCGCCACCUCAUUCACAAAACCCCCAACCUCCACCACCCCUCUCUUUUAUACCACCUUCACCUUUAUCUUCAUAUGCAAAUACUCCAAAAACACCACCUCCAUAUUAUUCUCCACCUAAUACUCCAACACCAUUGCCUCAUUACCCUUUCAAACCAUCACCAACCAUAGCACCUAUGCGUCCAAAUCCACAAGAAAUGCCCCCAUCUCCUGCAAUACAACCUCCAUUGUCACCUUCACCUUUAUCUCCAUAUGCAAAUACUCCAAAAACAUCUCCUCCACAUAGUACUCCUACAUUGUCCCCUCAAUACCCUACAAGGCCACCACCUCCUUCAUCAACCAUAGCACCUAUGCGUCCAAAUCCACCGCUAAUGCCCCCAUCUCCUGCAAUACAACCUCCGUUGUCACCUUCACCUUUAUCUCCAUAUACAAAUACUCCAAAAAUAUCUCCUCCACAUAAUACCCCUACAUUGUCCCCUCAAUACCCUACCAAGCCAUCACCUCCUUCAUCAACCAUAGCACCUACGCGUCCAAAUCCACCGCUAAUGCCUCCAUCUCCUGCAAUACAACCUCCAUUGGCACCUUCAUCUUUAUCUCCAUAUGCAAAUACUCCAAAAUCAUCUCCUCCAUAUAAUACUCCUACAUUGUCCCCUCAAUACCCUACCAAGCCAUCACCUCCUUCAUCAACCAUAGCACCUAUGCGUCCAAAUCCACCACUAAUGCCCCCAUCUCUUGCAAUACAACCUCCGUUGUCACCUUCAUCUUUAUCUCCAUAUGCAAAUAAUCCAAAAAUAUCUCCUCCACAUAAUACUCCUACAUUGUCCCCUCAAUACCCUACCAAGCCAUCACCUCCUUCAUCAACCAUAGCACCUAUGCGUCCAAAUCCACCACUAAUGCCCCCAUCUCCUGCAAUACAACGUCCAUUGUCACCUUCACCUUUAUCUCCAUAUGCAAAUACUCCAAAGACAUCUCCUCCACAUAAUACUCCUACAUUGUCCCCUCAAUACCCUACCAAGCCAUCACCUCCUUCAUCAACCAUAGCACCUAUGCGUCCAAAUCCACCAAUAAUGCCCCCAUCUCCUGCAAUACAACCUCCAUUGGCACCUUCACCUUUAUCUCCAUAUGCAAAUACUCCAAAGACAUCUCCUCCACAUAGUACUCCUACAUUGUCCCCUCAAUACCCUACCAAGCCAUCACCUCCUUCAUCAACUAUCGCACCUAUGCGUCCAAAUCCACCACUAAUGCCCCCAUCUUCUGCAAUACAACUUCCAUUGUCACCUUCACCUUUAUCUCCAUAUGCAAAUACUCCAAAAACAUCUCCUCCACAUAGUACUCCUACAUUGUCCCCUCAAUACCCUACAAGGCCACCACCUCCUUCAUCAACCAUAGCACCUAUGCGUCCAAAUCCACCGCUAAUGCCCCCAUCUCCUGCAAUACAACCUCCGUUGUCACUUUCACCUUUAUCUCCAUAUGCAAAUACUCCAAAAACAUCUCCUCCACAUAAUACUCCUACAUUGUCCCCUCAAUACCCUACCAAGCCAUCACCUCCUUCAUCAACCAUAGCACCUAUGCGUCCAAAUCCACCACUAAUGCCCCCAUCUCCUGCAAUACAACCUCCAUUGGCACCUUCACCUUUAUCUCCAUAUGCAAAUACUCCAAAGACAUCUCCUCCACAUAAUACUCCUACAUUGUCCCCUCAAUACCCUACCAAGCCAUCACCUCCUUCAUCAACUAUAGCACCUAUGCGUCCAAAUCCACCACUAAUGCCCCCAUCUCCUGCAAUACAAUCUCCCUUGUCACCUUCACCAUUAUCUCCAUAUGCAAAUACUCCAAAAACAUCUCCUCCACAUAGUACUCCUACAUUGUCCCCUCAAUACCCUACAAGGCCACCACCUCCUUCAUCAACCAUAGCACCUAUGCGUCCAAAUCCACCACUAAUGCCCCCAUCUCCUGCAAUACAACCUCCGUUGUCACCUUCACCUUUAUCUCCAUAUGCAAAUACUCCAAAAACAUCUCCUCCGCAUAAUACUCCUACAUUGUCCCCUCAAUACCCUACCAAGCCAUCACCUCCUUCAUCAACCAUAGCACCUAUGCGUCCAAAUCCACCACUAAUGCCCCCAUCUCCUGCAAUACAACCUCCGUUGUCACCUUCACCUUUAUCUCCAUAUGCAAAUAAUCCAAAAACAUCUCCUCCGCAUAGUACUCCUACAUUGUCCCCUCAAUACCCUACCAAGCCAUCACCUCCGUCAUCAACCAUAGCACCUAUGCGUCCAAAUCCACCAUUAAUGCCCCCAUCUCCUGCAAUACAACCUCCAUUGUCACCUUCACCUUUAUCUCCAUAUGCAAAUUCUCCAAAAUCAUCUCCUCCACAUAGUACUCCUACAUUGUCCCCUCAAUACCCUACCAAGCCAUCACCUCCUUCGUCAACCAUAGCACCUAUGCGUCCAAAUCCACCACUAAUGUCCCCAUCUCCUGCAAUACAACGUCCGUUGUCACCUUCACCUUUAUCUCCAUAUGCAAAUACUCCAAAAACAUCUCUACCUUAUUCUUCAAAUACACCUCCUUCGUAUUCUGCUCCACCUUACAUAAAUAAAUCGCCAAAUUCUCCCACGGGGCAUUCCCCUCCGCCUCCUGAAGUUCUGGAGAAUCCAAUCAGAGAGGAUAUCAGCAAUAUUGAGAUUGUUUUGACUAAGGAGUACACAUAUCAGUGUUGCUCGCUCAAUGUUGACAUCAGUGUGAUUGGUGGAAGGAAAGAUGUUGCUAUUAAUGAAUUGAUGCCAAAAACGUGCAACUGCAUUCAGGUCGGCUCUGUUCAACUUAUCAUAAUAGAAGGUUUACUUGACUUGAAGCUCCAAUUGGAAUGUGGGAUUGUAACACUUAAUCUUACAGUGUUUGCUGCUGCAGAAAUGUUAUUACUAUACAAUGUCUUGGAUUUGUUUAAAGGUUCAAAGUACUUGAAAAGCUUCUGA